UCAUCAGGUGGCGGUUACGAACCUCCCUCUUAUCAGCCUUAUGGAUAUGAACCGCCUUCAUAUGAGCCUGACGCGGAGCCAUCCGCCGAGGCUGACGAUGAUGAGCCCAAGCCCAAAAAGAAGAGCUUCAUGGAUGACGACGAUGACGACUUCCCCGCCCCACAAGCCAAAGAAAAGUCCAAGGCAGAAAAGGAUCGUGAGAACCAGGAGUUGUUCCGUAAAGCCGCAGAAGAAGAUGCCAAACGUGCUGCCGAAACCGCGCAAUCCAACAAAAAGGGAUGGGGCUUUACUAGCUGGUUUGGAGGCGGCAAGAAAGAAGCUGCAAGCCCUGGCGAGGCAUCGUCUCCAGGCAAACCCAUCAAGGCUAAGCUUGGCGAGGCGAGCAGUUUCGUCUACGACCCCGAGCUCAAGCGAUGGGUCAACAAGAAGCCCGGAGCCGAGCAGGUGGAAGCAAAGGCGGCCACUCCUCCGCCGCCCAAGGCCAGUCCCCGAUCCGUCGGCGGGACGCCUCCGCUUAGGCAGUUCACGCCGCCUCCCGCAGCGGGUCGAUCCAGCCUUCCGCCGUCCUCUUCAAGCUUUGGCACUCUUGCUCCGCCACCGGUGCUCAACAGAGCCACGUCGCAGGAGAGCCUCAGUGCGCCGCCAAUGCUGCGGUCCAUGUCUGGCGCGAGUAGCGAUAGCAAGCCUUCCAGCAGACCUACCACGAGCAUGAGCAACGCGAGCAGCAUCGAUGACCUGCUCAGCGCCGGACCCCGUAAGCCUGGGCAAAAGAAGGCUCGGAAGGCUGGGCGUUAUGUGGACGUCAUGGCAAAAUGA